GGGAAGAGAGCAAAAAAUACUCAGAUUCGGUUCUGAAUAUUUAUCAAGCUUCUUAAAUCUCUAAAAAGUCUAAACCCCAAAUCCUUUCGAAAACUCAACAGCUCGAAGUAGGAAAUGAGUAAUCAUUGCUGGUGAAAGCACCCGAGGGAGGAAGAGAUUAUUUUUAUGCCACUUCCUCGCCACUGUUCAACCAUUUCCCUUUUCCACUACCUCCUGGCGCCUGCUCUUAAAAAUUAACAAUUCUCAAAUGUUUCCCUUUGACUUGCUCCAAUCUUUCUCCCUAGUCAAGGAAAUUUAGAUCACACCCACUUCGAUUCAGGGCUUGAGUUCGAGCUUCAAUGGCUAAAGUCGCCGUCUUGAUCACGUUUGCCCUGAUGGGUUUGUUGUUCGUUGUCGCCGUCGUCGAAGGCGGGUCGCCGGUGGGGAAACCGGGGUACAGGAUCCACACUUUGUUCUCCGUCGAGUGCCAGAACUAUUUUGAUUGGCAGACGGUGGGGCUAAUGCACAGUUUCAGAAAGGCCCGGCAACCUGGACCCAUAACGCGACUCCUGAGCUGCACUGAAGAGGAGAAGAAGAGUUACAGAGGGAUGCAUUUGGCGCCCACUUUCCAAGUCCCUUCUAUGAGUCGACACCCCAAAACUGGUGACUGGUACCCAGCAAUUAACAAACCUGCUGGAGUUGUACAUUGGCUUAACCACAGCGAGGAAGCUAAGCAUGUGGAUUGGGUGGUGAUUUUAGAUGCAGACAUGAUCAUUCGAGGGCCGAUUAUACCCACAGAGCUCGGUGCUGAGAGAGGAAGGCCAGUGUCUGCAUAUUAUGGAUACUUGGUUGGAUGUGACAAUAUACUGGCCAAAAUUCACACAAAGCAUCCAGAACUCUGCGACAAGGUUGGUGGGCUUUUAGCUAUGCACAUAGAUGAUCUUCGUGCAUUAGCACCAAAGUGGCUUGCUAAGACAGAAGAAGUGCGUGAAGAUAAGGCUCACUGGAGCACGAAUAUUACCGGUGACAUCUAUGGGAAAGGAUGGAUAAGUGAGAUGUAUGGCUACUCAUUUGGUGCUGCUGAAGUUGGACUUCGGCAUAAGAUCAAUGACGACUUGAUGAUCUAUCCUGGAUAUAUUCCACGCCCCGGUGUCGAGCCAAUCCUGUUUCACUAUGGCUUGCCAUUUACUGUGGGGAAUUGGUCAUUUAGUAAACUGCAGCAUCAUGAAGAUGAUAUCGUUUAUAGAUGCGGCGAGCUCUUUCCUGAACCUCCAUAUCCCAGAGAGGUCUAUACUAUGGAAUCCGAGCCGAAUAAGCGACGGGCAUUGCUUCUGAGCGUAGAGUGCAUGAACACUUUGAAUGAAGGGCUUGUAUUAAGGCAUGCUGCAGAUGGAUGCCCGAAGCCAAAAUGGUCAAAGUACUUGAGCUUCUUAAAGAGUAAAACUUUUGCUAAUCUUAGUCGUCCCAAAAUUUUCUCUCCUGGUGUACAGCAAACUAUGGAAGCCGGUGAAGAUCAGCAGCCACUCUUUGGUGAAACUAUGAAACCACAUCCAAAGAUCCACACAGUUUUUUCGACAGAAUGUUCACCCUACUUUGACUGGCAAACUGUAGGUCUUAUCCACAGUUUCCAUCUCAGUGGUCAGCCUGGAAACAUAACACGACUUCUCAGCUGUACUGAUGAAGACCUUAAGCAAUAUAAAGGUCAUGAUUUGGCUCCUACUCACUAUGUUCCUUCCAUGAGCCGGCAUCCACUAACCGGUGACUGGUAUCCCGCAAUCAACAAACCUGCUGGUGUCCUUCAUUGGCUUAAUCACGUGGGUGACAUUGAUGCUGAGUACAUAGUUAUUCUUGAUGCUGACAUGAUUUUGAGAGGUCCAAUCACACCGUGGGAAUUCAAUGCAUCUCGUGGCCACCCAGUUUCAACUCCUUAUGAGUACUUGAUUGGCUGCGACAAUGAGCUUGCGGAAAUGCAUACGAGCCAUCCUGAAUAUUGUGACAAGGUUGGGGGUGUAAUCAUCAUGCAUAUUGAUGACCUCAUGAAGUUCGCUAUGUACUGGCUACUUAAGACGGAGGAGGUUCGUUUCGAUAAAGAGCAUUAUGCCACAAAUCUUACUGGAGAUAUAUACUCAUCUGGCUGGAUCAGUGAGAUGUAUGGCUACUCCUUUGGUGCAGCAGAGCUAAAACUACGCCAUGUAGUGAGCCGGGAGAUACUGAUAUACCCGGGAUAUGUCCCCGAGCAAGGUGUGAAGUACAGAGUGUUCCAUUACGGUCUAGAAUUCAGUGUCGGAAACUGGAGCUUCGACAAGGCCAACUGGAGAGACAAAGACAUGGUGAACACUUGCUGGGCCAAGUUUCCAGACCCACCCGAUCCAUCGACUCUUGAUCGAACCGAUGAGAACAUUUUACAGAAAAACUUACUCAGCAUAGAAUGUGGGAAGAAGUUAAACGAAGCCUUGAUGCUGCAUCAUAGGAAGAGAAACUGCCCUGAUCCCAGCAGUCCCAUCUUAACUUCGCCCAAGCUUGAAACCAGAACUUCAAGGAAAUUUGGCAGGAUCGAGGAAAAGCCGAAAACCAGCACUGUUCCAGUAAGGCACACCCAGGAGUUGUCUCAUUCAGAUCAGAACGAUGGCCAUUUCCGGUCUUUGAAGGUCUGGGUAGUUGCUCUAUGGGCAUUUUCUGGUUUGGGAUUCAUGGCAGUCAUGACCAUGGUGUUUUCAGGUCGUAAAAGUAAGGGAACGAAAGGUAAAAGCAGUAGAAGUAGGAAGAGACAUUCGAGUCAAGAUAGUUGGUCAUGAGUUAGCAGAGUUCAAAGAGGUUAUUUCUUUUCUUUCACUGCUACUAAACAUAUUUCGACCAGAGAGAGCAUGGCACUGAAUCUGGAGGAUGUUCUGGCAAAAUGCACAAAGGUUUUGGUAAAUUAUACCAUAUACUUAUGAGCAUGAUGUCAGGGAAUUAAGAAACAGCAUACAGCUUAGCUUAUGUACAAUUCGUUCUUGCAUUUGUUGUAUCGCCUGUCAGAAAGUUCCAAGCUUUGUGCAGAUGAGUUCUGCUGGAACCUCUGCUGCUUUUAUGCAACUUGGUGGAUGACUAGAGAACUUGGAAGAAGGAAGAAACUGGAGAAAAGAUUGAGCUGAUAUGGGAUUCUGUUCAUCUUCACUGUUUGUCCAGCAUAUAACCAACAAGUUGUGAAUUCUGGUCUUCUUUACCAUAUUUUGUAUUGAUUGAUCCAUUAUUAGUAAUGCAUCUGCCCGAAAUUUUGUACUACUAGUUGAAUUUCAAACAACUUCCAAUGAUUGAUUUUGUAGAGAAUUAAUGUAAAUAAGCUUUAAUGUUUUUAGAUCACCUAAAAAGAGUUAAUUUCUAGGCAAAAUUGUUUAGUGCACAAAAUCAGAAGAAU